UGUCGCAUUUUUAAGCGCAAAGUGAGGCGGUUAAGGAGCCUUUUACACCAAGACAUUAGCAAGCCCAGGAGACCGCGCAUCCAAAUAGGAGGAAGCGAAUUUUACAUUCGAUGGAGUGCAAGUUUGAGAAGGACAGUGGGGACUGAGGUCAAAAUGUACGAUGGCGCAAUCCCUACAAAUGUAUCUGUUGCCGCUCAAGAUAAUUCUACCGGCUUAUCGGAGGAUGAUCCAACCUCUUAUUUGGAGCCGAUCGCUCUCAAAUUAUUUCGCUUUGUAAUCUACGCUGUAAUCAUCAUGUUUGCAUUGGUGGGCAAUGUAGCCGUGUGUAUUAUUUCAAGUCGCACUCGUCGCCUUCAGACCAGCACGUAUUGUCUAGUAAUGAACUUGGCCAUUUCGGACAUCGGAUCCGUGCUUUGUCUGCCGUUCCUGUUACCUGAACUCUUCGAUGGAAACUGGAUGAUGGGGGAAGCCAUGUGUAAACUGCUCAAACCCAGUGUUGUGGUGUUCAACUUUGUAACAACAAACACGUUGGUGGCUAUAGCAUGUGAUCGUUUUCGCGCCGUGGUAUUCCCGUUCGUAACGCGACCAUCAAAGUCAGAAAUACGCUUGAUCAUCGCACUACUUUGGCUGAUCGCCUUUUUGUUCUCUUUGCCUAUGUAUGGUGCACAGACCGUUAAAGUGUUUCCAGAAAGUCCUGACAUCUACUACUGUUUGGAUGUUUUCUCAGACGGCGACACGGACAAAGACACUUUCUAUCGUCGUAUAUACACAAUAACGAUGUACGCUGUACAGGCUCUUCUUCCAGUGCUGGUCAUCUCGGCCUUGUAUCUAAAGAUCACAGCCACUUUAAAGAAUAUACAUCUUGUGCCUCUAGCACUACGGCGCAGUCAUUCCUGUUCGCUUAACUCCACGCCCAACAUAAGUCCACACUCAUCCAUCUUAAAUUUAAACAAACUGAACAUGAAUCCCGCGGGCGCACAGCGUCGACAGAUGUUGGAGAAGAAGUUUCUUAGGAUGUUGCUCACAGUACUUAUUGUUUAUGUGCUAUGUUAUCUUCCGUUCCAAACACUGUUCCUCGUUUACGAAUUUAAUCCAGGUUUGGGCUACCUGAAUUACAUGCAAGCACUGUCGGAGUACCUUUACAUGAUCGUGUGGCUGCCGAAUGCCAUAAAUCCGAUCUGUUAUGGAUGCCUGAAUGAACAGUACAAGCGCGCUUUUAAGGCUCUGAUAUUAAGACCUCGUUCGUACUUUCAGUCUGUCAGAUUGAGGCGCAGGCUUUCUAAAACUGUCAUCACCGAUGUGCAGUUGAAGGAUAUUGCAGCGUAGCUACCCUUUAUAAACAAGCUUAGUUUUCUAACGUAACCCACAAGGAAUCAUUAAGCCGGUUGUACUUUUUGUGGUAAAUCACUAACCGGGAAUCAAUGGAUAAAUAUAAUUCUGUUGAUGUAGUAAAACAAUCCUCACAAGGUCUGCUAAUUACGUGCCGUACAAUACCGUAUUAGAGUAAAAAAAAUAGGAAAAAAUGUUCUAAUAACAGGAUCUUCGGAAGUUGUGAUUGACGAAAAGAGGGGCCAUUCCCAUCCAUCUCCCACGCUUAAACUUCUUGGAAUUGAGCGCCACACUGAGUGUAUUAAAUAGAAAGUACUAAAAUGAUUAAAAAAAAGUUGAAUAUCCUUAUAAAUAAUGGCUCAGCUUUAUCUGAAGAACAUUCUAUUGGGUCACAUCCCAUCCACCUUUCCCGUAUAUUACUGAAUUAGUUAAGCAGAUGAGUGCAAUAGUAACGACAUUAUAAAUUAAUGAGGAAAAAAUUUCUCGAACAAGUGAUCAUCACUAGUGCUAUUCUGAAAUAUGUUUACCCGCAUGAAAUGUAUUGUGGACUCAUCCACGGGUAAAACAAAUUAGGGCGCCAUAUUUGUACUCCACAGGGAGGCACGAAUGCAGCGUGCCCAUACCGGGCAUCGCAGCAUAUCUGCUGUAUUUAAAGGAACAGAUAAUUAAUCUAUGGAUGUCCACGCUGUUUUAACUACGGACCCUUUUCAGAACGCCUGGAUUUUCUACCAAGUCUGAUUCUUUUAUUUCAUCUUGAUU